CACUGACAUGUCAGACGGAGUGAGUGCCUUUGGUUUACGUGCGACUGGGUAGCGAGCUGGAAGAGUUGUUCUCUGGAUAUCUGCGGAUAAAAAAUCAAUAAAAUGAAGGCUAUCAGUCCCGUCCGCUCCGUAAGAAGCUGCUACGAGGCGGUUUGCUGCGUUUCCGAGCAGAGCCUGUCCAUCAGCCGCAGCCGGAGCCCCUGCGAGCUGUCGGACAUGAACGACUGCUACUCGAAACUGAAGGAGCUGGUGCCCAGCAUCCCGCAGGAUAAGUCGGUCAGCCAGGUUGAGAUCCUCCAGCAUGUGAUCGACUACAUCUUCGACCUCCAGAUCGCGCUGGAAAACGAGGCGGAGACGGUGAAGAACUCGGCGGACGUGCUGAGGGCUCUGCAGAGCUCCGAGAUAACGUUCCCCAAAGACGACGGAACUCUCUGUCACUAAGGCAACCGAACAGCGCGCUCACGCCUUCCAACGGUGCAGGAACGGCAACUUCUCCACUCAUGGACGAGAGAGAGACAGAAAGAGAUGGAGGAGGGAGGGAGGACGGGAGUGAAGGGGGUUGGACACGUACGAGGAGUGUCUCCAUUCAGACUGUGGGAAAAGAACCUGCUCCCCGCUGAAACCAUCCAGUCUUUGGUCGCUGGACACUUCAACACACCAAAGCUGAAGACUUCUGGAGUUUGGAGGGGAAACGCUCUUCCACAGACUCUCUUUUCUUUUUUCUUUUUCUUUUUAAAUCAUUCCCCUUUUUUUGUGAUGCUACAAUCAAGCAUUGUGCAUUCCUGGUUACAUUCCAAACCAUUCGGACUCACUUCACUCUUUCUUCAGUCCCUACUUACUCAUUCAGUUAUACGACUUCUUUCUUUUUCGUUUUCUUUUUUCCCUCAUUCUCCCACACACUUUCUCAUUCCAGCUCCUAUUCCAGACAUUGACGUAUGCGUGUGUGUGUGUGUGUGUGGUUUUUUUUUAUUAUUAAAUGUGUACAUAUUCCUUUUAUUUCAUUUUUGUGGGUGCGUUGGGGAGGGAAAGUUGUAUGGAUUGUAGAGACUAUAAUGCGAACUCUAUAAAUAUAGAGUUAAUUGUAAAUGUUUGUGGAGAUUCUACAUUUCUGCAGACUGUAUGUGUAUCUGCUGAGUUUUAUAAACUCCUUUUUUCUUCUUCUUUUGAAUAUGUUCACUUUUUCGCAUAUUGAAAUAAACCACUUAAAGGAAAGAGA